UAUUCAAGUUGCCUUAGUAACGCUUAACAGGACGUACGAAUCAAGAGUUAAGUCGUUGCAGGUUUCUUUGCAACGCUCAAACAUAUAUUUUUCACAUGAGCAGCAGUUGCAGCAUAACGGGAAUUUAUAGUUAGCCGGCCUGCAUCAUGUAUAGCCGUAAAUUGGAGCACAUGCAUCGCCCGUCCUCGGACAUCACGAAAUACGAUGAUGAGCCAUAUAUGAAGAAUCCUCUGCUCACCUUUCGGCUCUCCGAGGUGCACGAGCGCCGUCACUAUGUGUUCCUCAAGCAACGGGCUGCGGAUAUUAAAGUGAAGUUGGCGAAAAAACCGUGGAAACCGGAGCCCGAGAUGCGACCGCUGCCACAGGCGCACUACAUUGACAAUUUACGGCGCGAGGUGCGUAAAAUUGUUGUGCCGCGCAUGCUGCGUAAAACGGAGGCCAAGAUCUUAAGCUUUGCACAGGAACGACUGAAAAACAAGUAUCCCGAGUUGGUUAAGUCGUACAUGGCUGAUGUGCAUGGCGAAUACGAUCGGCUAAUGAAAAUCUAUAGCAUGAAGAACAUAUUGCAGCAUCCCGAGUUUGCUGACGAAGAUCCAUCCAAGUUCGAUUUACCUCAUGCCGAUUUCCUUUCCAAUCUACCAGGACGCUCAGCGAACUACAAAGUCUAUCUAGAGAAUCGUCGUAAGAUCGCAGCGAAAUUACUUAUCCUGCAGCCGCCGAUGCGCGUUAUACUCAGCAUCUCCGUAGCGGAUCUACCUCAAUUCACGUGCAAUUUUCAAUAUGUGAGCAGCAUGGGCGCUCAGCAGCAGCAGGUGGGUCUCGGUGGAAAGGAGGCGCUGUCUACCAAAUUUUACCGGAAGUAUAUACAGAAUCAGUUGGAUAAGGUGAACACAUUUCUACGCUGGAAUUGGUAUACCCGUUUGGUGGCUGUGCUUAAGCGCAUGCUACGCAAGCGUGUGAUGCCUUUCAAUAUGUGGAAGCGAGCCUGGGGCGGCCUGGAAGGUCUGAUGAACCGCGAGGUAAACCAAAUGAAGAUGCGUACCUUUGAGGAACUCUAUCGCAUCUGUAGUAGUCCGCGUACUAUGCCCGUCUUUCGCGUGUCCCUGGUAUGGAACGAUGUGAAGGAUGGUCUGGACAUAAAACCUAGUUUGGCCAAUAUUCAGUCCAAUUUUGGUGAGAUUAUCACCGAAAUCUCAAUGGUGGGCUAUCGCAUGGAAGCCCUUCAGCCGCAAGUGGACACCUUGACGACCUAUGCACAGGUCAACGACUACCUUAAGAUUGAGAUGAACGAGAACACCGUCAAGGAUGUCAUCAAAAAGGCGCAAAAGAUUAUCUGUUGCACUUACACAGAAAUCACAGAGUAUGUGAAUGGCUACCGGGAGAAAUAUCGAGGUCUAUACUCUUCCGAGGUGCGGGACGAGCUUACCAAAUUUCUGGAAGAGCCGCACGAAUUCGAAGAAUACUUUGCACGCAUCGAAGGCUAUUAUGAAUACAUAAAUAUGCUACGCAGUGAGCCAGCGACCGACUAUUUCGAAGUUGCAGUCAUUGACAACGAACCCUUAAUCCAAUCAUUGCGCACUCUGGCCGAGAGUCUAAUAUCGAAUAUUACUGCAAUCAUAAUAAGCGAACAUAUUCGUGCAGAAGAGGAGAUCUGCGUGGAGUUCGAGAAGAUCAAGGAGAAGGCACUGCUGAUACCCAAAUCCACAGAGGAGCUGCUCGAGAGUGCGGAAUAUAUGAUCUAUGUGAAGAUGCAGAAGCUGGCUGAGCUUACGGAUCGUAUUCAAUAUUGCCUGCAGGUGGGCACCAACAUCGUGGAGCUUACCCAGAUGUCGAAGUACCACUUCGAUUUGACCAUCAGGACUAUCAACUGGAUCAAGGACAUUAACGAGAUUUGUGAUUAUAAUGCCUCACAGCAGGAGCAAUAUAAAUUCAUGUUCGAGGAGCAUUUGCAAGAGGUGGUGAAGAAGCUAAACUCUGAUAUUUUGGAAAUGGUGCCCAAGUUAGGCAUAAUCGAUGAUAUGAGCAGACCGGACAAGUUUCGAGAGUCCUAUAUCAUACUGCAAAACUUCAUAGAUCAGCUGAAAACCUUUGAUGACUAUGUGGCCUGGAUCAACAAAGAGGAAAAACUGUUCAAAGUCAAUCAAACGGAAUAUCCAACUCUAGAGAUCAUCAAAACCUUCGUCUAUCCAUUUGCCGAGCUAAUGAAACUAUGUAUUGAAUGGCAGCGUUAUUUGAGCGUAUGGACGGAUGGGCCUUUCGAAUAUUUGGAGCCAAAGUUUGUCGAGACCACAACAGAAGAUUAUCUAAAGGAGUUUCAGAGGAAUCAAAAGUAUUAUCGCGUCAAGAUUAAACAAGAUAUGGUUGAGAAUCCGGUUUGCAAAUUUAAGGGUCAAACUGAGGAUCCCGAUCCGGAGAAGCAUCCUGUACCCAUACGCCUUUGUGCUUCAAUGAUAAAGUCCAUUAAGGACUUCAGCAUUGGUGUUUUCAUUGUGAAUACUUUGUGUAAUCCGGCGCUGCGUAAGCGUCACUGGAAGGAAAUGUCGGACAUCGCUGGAUUUGAUAUUACGCCAGAUGCAGGAACAACGCUUCGUAAGAUUCUCAACUCCGGCUUGGAUCCCAUACUGGAUCAGUUUGAAAUAAUCAGCAUUAGCGCCAAUAAGGAAUUGCAAUUGUGGAACAAUCUGCAGAUCAUGAUUAAGGAGUGGGAAAACAAGGUGUUUCCCGUGGGGCCCUACAAAGAGACAGGUGUCACAAUCCUCUCCAGCUUGGAUGACAUACAGGCGUUAUUGGAUGAUCACAUACUGAAAACUUUGACCAUGCGAGGCUCAGCUUUUAUGAAGCCCUGCGAGGAAGAAGUCCGUGCUUGGUAUGAGAAAAUUAUGCGAGUGAAUGAAACACUUGAUCAGUGGGGCAAGGUGCAGGUGAACUUCUUAUAUCUAUUGCCCAUAUUCUCCUCCAAGGACAUUGUUGCCCAGAUGCCCGAGGAGGGUCGACUCUUCGUUACAGUCGAACAGACAUAUAUGCGCAAUAUGGGCCUAGUGCUCAGGAAUCCUUUGGUUAUGGAAACGGCGCCAGUUUCUGGUCUACUUGAGUCGUUGCAGAAGGCCAACGAACUGUUGGAGGAUAUAUCAACAGGUGUUAGUAACUAUUUGGAAAAGAAACGAUUAUAUUUUCCGCGCUUCUUUUUCUUAGCCAACGAUGAAAUGCUUGAAAUUUUGUCAGAGACAAAAGAUCCUCUGCGCGUUCAGCCGCAUUUGAGCAAAUGUUUCGAGGGCAUUAAUAUACUGGAAUUCGAUUCGGCCAAAAAUGUUUUGGCCAUGAUCAGCAGCGAUAAGGAGCACAUCGCCUUCAUAGAGCAGAUCUCAACAGCUGCAGCUGGUGGAAGUGUGGAGAAAUGGCUCGUCGGUGUCGAGGAGGAGAUGCUAAAGGCCGUGCGCUACCAAUCGGAGCUCUCCUUCAAUCACUAUCCGACUGUGAAGCGUAAUGAAUGGGUGUGCGCGUGGCCCCAGAUGGUGGUCUUGGCUGUCUCCCAGGUCUAUUGGGCCUCCAAGAUGCAUAGCUGUCUGCGUCGCAGCUAUGGCGGUAAUCAGGCCGUAAUGAAUCAGUAUUUCCAGGAAUUAACUAAGGAGCUGAAUGAUAUUGUCACGUUAGUGCGUUCGCCUGUUAUAAGCAAUCUGAAUCGUAUCACUAUUAAAUCUUUGAUUGUCAUCGAUGUGCACGCCAAGGAUGUCACCGAGGAGCUGAUCCGACUUAAGAUCAGCAGCGAGUACGACUUCCAGUGGCUGGCCCAGAUGCGUUACUACUGGGAGGAUGCAACGAUGCUGGUGCGAAUUAUCAAUGCCACGGUACCCUUUGCCAACGAAUAUCUGGGCAAUUCGGAUCGUCUGGUCAUCACGCCGCUCACCGAUCGCUGUUACCGCACCCUGGUGGGCGCCUAUCAGCUGCAUUUGAAUGGAGCACCCGAAGGACCCGCCGGUACCGGCAAAACAGAGACCACCAAAGAUUUAGCUAAGGCUCUCGCUGUGCAAUGUAAAGUCUUUAACUGCUCCGACGGCCUGGACUACAAGGCCAUGGGCAAGUUCUUUAAGGGCUUGGCCUCCUGCGGUGCCUGGGCUUGCUUUGACGAGUUCAAUCGAAUAGAACUGGAGGUGCUUUCCGUGGUUGCCCAACAGAUUCUGCUUAUCAUUCAGGCGGUGCGUCAGAAUGCGGUCAAGUUUAUGUUUGAAGGAACCGAGUUGACUUUGAAUCCCGCCUGCUACGUCUGCAUUACCAUGAAUCCCGGCUAUGCGGGUCGUUCCGAGCUGCCGGACAAUUUGAAAGUACUUUUCCGUUCGGUUGCCAUGAUGGUGCCCGAUUAUGCUAUGAUUGGCGAGAUCUCCUUGUACUCCUAUGGCUUUGUGGAUGCACGUAAGCUGGCUGUCAAGAUCGUGACCACUUAUCGUCUCUGCUCGGAGCAGCUGUCCAGUCAGAAUCACUACGAUUACGGCAUGAGAGCUGUGAAAACGGUGCUCUCCGCCUGUGGUAAUAUAAAGAAACAAUUUCCCGAUGAGGUGGAGGAUAUUUUACUGCUGCGCAGCUUGAUGGAUGUGAAUUUACCAAAGUUUUUGUCCUUUGAUGUGCCGCUGUUUGAGGGCAUCAUCUCGGACAUCUUUCCCGGCAUUAAGCUUCCUCACAUUGAUUACACUCUCAUGGAGGAAGAAUUCAAGCGUGUCUGCAAGGAGGAGAUUUUGGAGCCAGCGCCCAGCUUUCUGCUCAAAGUCAUUCAAACGUAUGAGAUGAUCAUUGUGCGACACGGUUUCAUGCUGGUCGGCGAGCCCCUCGCGGGCAAAUCAAAGACGCUUCAGGUGCUGGCCAAAGUGCUAUCAGCGCUCAAGAUUAAGGCGCCGUCCAAGAGCCCCUACUACCAGCACGUGCAGAUGGGCAUUAUGAAUCCAAAGUCAAUAACCAUGAAUCAGCUAUACGGCUCCUUUGAUCCCAUAUCCUAUGAAUGGACCGAUGGACUGGUGGCCAAAAUCUUUCGAGAUUUUGCAAUGACACCCACGCCAGACAGAAAAUGGGUUGUCUUCGAUGGUCCCGUUGAUGCUGUUUGGAUUGAGAACAUGAACACAGUGCUGGACGAUAAUAAGAAAUUGUGCCUGACCAGCGGUGAAGUGAUCACAAUGUCCAAUGAAAUGUCCAUGGUGUUUGAGGUCAUGGAUCUGGCUCAAGCCUCACCAGCCACGGUCUCCCGAUGUGGAAUGAUCUAUAUGGAGGCAUCGACCUUGGGCUGGCGCGCCUUUGCAAAUACCUGGCUAAAGAAAGCCGAUCCACGCUGGGCGGACAAGGAGAAUACGAAAUACAUGCUGGAUAUGUUGUCGUGGCUGUUGAUGCCAUGCAUGACCUUUGUAAGACGCUUCUGCAGUCAGUUCGUGAAGCCAGGCGAAUUCAACUGCAUGCUAACCACAUUUGACCUGAUUGAUAUGCUGCUCGACGAAGCCAUUGAAGAGAAUCCGGAGGACUAUGACAAAUAUAUGGAGAGCUAUAUACAAGCAGCAAUGCUUUACAGCUUGGUCUGGGGCGUCGGAGGUGUAUUGGAUAUCAAUUCACGCGAGAAAUUCGAUGUGUUUCUACGAAAACUCUACGAGAACGAGCCCCCUGGAAUGGGCAAAAUGGAAAUUACGCCUCCUAUAGAUGGCCUAAUCGUGGACUAUGUGUUUGUGUUCAAGCAGCGUGGCAAUUGGCGCUACUUCCCCGAGAUGGCCAAGCGCAUGGACAUUGAGGAGACGAAAAUAGGCGUCAUUGUGCCCACCGUGGACACAGCCCGCUAUUUGCAUCUGCUCAAGCUGCACGUGCAGCAUAAGAAGCGAAUGCUGCUCAUCGGACCCACGGGCACGGGCAAAAGCGUCUACAUACAAAACUAUCUGAUGAAUAAGCUAAAUCCCGAGCUUUACGAAACGGGCUUCAUAACAUUCACCGUCAUGAUUACGGCAAAUCAGACGCAAGAGCAGAUCAUAGCCAAGCUGCAGAAGUGGAAACGAGGCAUCUAUGGCCCACCCAAGGGCAUGCAGAGCGUGCUCUUUGUGGACGACAUGAAUAUGCCGGUGAAGGAGGUAUAUGGCGCCCAGCCGCCUUUGGAAUUGCUGCGUCAGUUCUUUGACUAUGGCCAUGUCUACGAUCUGAAGGAUAGCUCCAAGAUCUUCAUCCACAAUGUAUUAAUAAUAACUGCCUGUGGCCUGCCUGGUGGCAGUCGCCAGGAUGUCUACCCACGCUUCCUGAACCACUUCAAUGUAUUUUCGAUCAACACAUUCAGCGACGAUACCAUGUUCCGCAUCUUUCUCAAUGUGGCUUUGUGUGGCUUUCGGCGCUCUGGCCAUGGCCAGGAUGUGUUCGUGCUAACCAAUCAAAUUAUCAGCGCCACUCAGAGCAUCUACAAGAGCGUGCAAUCCGAGAUACGUGCGACGCCCGCUAAAUCCCAUUACAUAUUUAAUUUGCGUGAUAUUUCCCGGGUUGUCACCGGCUGCACGCUGGUGCGCAAGGAGUCCGUGAAUGACAAGAAGAUGCUGGUUAGGGUCUGGUAUCAUGAGGCAAUGCGCGUCUUCUACGAUCGCCUGGUCGACGAUACCGACCGCAAAUGGAUGUUCGACAAGCUCAACGAAUGCCUCAAGGCCAAUUUCAAAGACAAAGUGGAGACAGUCUUUGACAAGUACUGUACGGAAGAGGAACCCGAAUUUACCAUGGAGAGGGCGAAUACGGUUUUGUUUGGCGUCUACUUCGACGAGGACAGUGAACCGGAUGAGAGACGCUACGAGGAAGUGCCUAGCAUGGAAGUCUUCUACAAGAUAGCCGAGACGAGCCUGGAGGACUACAACUCCACACGUCGCUCCAAGAUGGACGUCACAUUGUUCACCUUUGCUUUGCAGCAUCUGAACCGCAUCUGUCGCAUCAUCUCGAUUCAAGGUGCGAGCGCCUUGCUGAUUGGGCUGGGCGGCUCGGGCAGACAGUCGCUCACCAAGCUGGCCACCAAUAUGGUGCAGACAUCGUUCUUCCAGCCGGAGAUAACGAAGAACUAUGGCGCCAACGAGUGGCACGAUGACAUCAAGGCCAUACUGAAGGAGGCGGGCGGCAUGAACAAGCAUACGACAUUUCUCAUCACAGAGAAUCAAAUUAAGAUGGAGCUUUUUCUGCAGGACAUUGACUGUUUGUUGAAUCAGGGCGAGGUGCCCAACAUUUUCCCCAUCGACGAGAAGCAGGAGGUAAUCGAGAUGGCCCGUCUGGCCGCCCAAGGAGGCAAUCGCAACAUCGAUGUCUCCGCCCUGCAGGUGUUUUCCUUCUUUGUGAACCGCUGCAAGCAGAAGCUGCACAUCGUGCUCAGCUUCUCGCCCAUUGGGGAUGCUCUGCGGACGCGAGUCCGUUUGUAUCCCUCGCUGGUGAAUUGCUGCACCAUCGAUUGGUAUGACAGCUGGCCCGAGGAAGCCCUGCAGAUGAUUGCCAAAAUGUCGCUGGUGGAUGUGAAUGUGCCAUCGGAGGAAAUCAAGCUGGCCAUCAUGGAUACCUGUCAGUAUUUCCAUACGACGGCGGCGCGGGUCACACGCGAUUUCUGUCAGAUGUCUGGCCGACAUAUCUAUCAGACCAAUGCGUCCUUCAUUGAGCUCAUCCGAUCGUUCCAGACCCUAAUUGCACGCAAGCAGGGCGAGACGAUGCAGGCUAAGAUGCGCUAUAUUGGUGGCCUGGACACCUUGGCUGCCGCCGCUGCUGCCAUUUCCAUUAUGCAACGGGACUUGGGUGCACUGCAGCCCAAGCUGGUGGCCCUGGCGGAGGCGUCACGCAAAAUGAUGUUGGAAAUAAACAAGGAGACGCUUGCUGCUAGCGCCGCCGCGGAGCAGGUGAAACAGGACGAGGAGGUGGCCUCCGUGCAGGCAGCAGCGGCCCAGGUGCUCAAGGGUGAGUGCGAAAAGGAUUUGGCCAAAGCUAUACCAGUGCUGGAGGAUGCUCUGGCCGCCUUGAAUACCCUGAAGCCAGCUGACAUAACAUUGGUGAAGUCCAUGAAGAAUCCGCCGCCAGUUAUAAAGCUCGUCAUGGCAGCCGUUUGUGUAAUGAAGGGUCUGCCGGCGGAGAGAAUACCCGAUCCGGCCACUGGCAAGAUGGUCAACGAUUUCUGGGGUCCCAGCAAGCGUAUCCUAGGCGACAUGAACUUCCUGCCUGCACUCAAGGAGUUCGACAAGGACAAUAUACCCGUUGAGGUAAUGAAGCGCAUACGCAAGGAGUUCAUACCCCACAAGGAUUUCCAGCCGCACAUUGUGGCCAAGGCAUCCAGCGCCGCCAAAGGCUUGUGCCAAUGGGUCAUAGCCAUGGAUCUGUACGACAAUGUGGCUAAGGUGGUGGCACCCAAGAAAGCCAAGCUCGCCGCGGCUGAGAAGGAGUAUGCCGAUACGAUGGACUUUCUGGCCGAGAAGCGCGCCAUGGCCGCUGCCUUGGAGGAGAAAGUGGCGCAGCUCAACAUCGAAUUGGACAAGGCAAAUGAGGAGAUGCAAAACACAGAGCAACACGCCGAGAAUUGCCGGAACAAGCUGAUCCGAGCUGAGGCAUUGAUUGGCGGCCUAGGCGGCGAAAAGUCCCGUUGGAAUAGCGCCGCAGAUGACCUCCAGGAUCUGUAUGAUCAUUUGCCAGGCGACGUGCUUAUCUCCUGUGGCAUCAUUGCCUACCUAUCGGCCGUCAAUUUGCAAUACCGCUCAAGCUGUGUGAGCGAUUGGUUCAAGAAGUGCACCUCACUGAAUAUACCCUGUUCGAAGAAGUAUUCGAUCUCGGCCGUGCUGGGCCUGGAGGUCACCAUACAGAAUUGGCAGCUGGACGGGCUGCCCAACGAUGAGUUCUCCAGUGAGAAUGCCAUCAUAUCGGCCAAUUCCAGCCGCUACAGCUUGUUCAUUGACCCCCAAGGGCAGGCGAACAAUUGGCUGAAGAAUAUGGAGAGGAAGAAUCGAUUGAAUUGUGUCAAGUUCAAUCAGAGCAACUACAUGAAGGUCAUUGCCGAGGCCUUGGAAUAUGGCUCGCCGGUGAUCAUUGAGAAUGUGCAAGAGGAGCUGGAGGUGCCGCUAGAUCCCAUCUUAAUGAAGCAAACUUUCCUCCAGGGCGGCGUCAAGCACAUCAGCUUGGGAGAGAACGUAGUGCCGGUCUCUCCGAAUUUCCGCCUCUAUAUGACCUGCAAUUUGCGUAAUCCCCACUUUCUGCCUGAGACAUUCAAUAAGGUGACUGUCAUCAAUUUCGCCUUGACACAAAAUGCUUUAAUGGAUCAGCUGCUGAGCAUUGUGGUGGCCAAGGAGCGACCCGAUCUGCAGGAAUUGCGCAUCAUGCUCACCACCGAGGCGGCCGCCAAUAAGGGAGCGCUGCGCGAUGCCGAGAAUAUGAUCUUGAAGACGCUGACUAGCAGCGAGGGCGACAUAUUGGAGAACGAGGCGGCCAUCGUAAUCUUGGCCGAUUCGAAAACUCUAUCGAAGGACAUCACCGAGAAGCAGGAAGCCGCCAAGGAAACAUCCGCAAAGAUCGAGGCAUUCCGCUUGAACUACAAGCCCGUUGCGGUCCACUCUUCCAUACUGUAUUACUCCAUUACGGACUUGCCCAACAUCGAUCCGAUGUAUCAGUUUUCACUCAAUUGGUAUAUCAAUCUCUACAUGUACUCCAUUGAGACGGCGAACAAGUCGAAGGAGCUGCCGCGUCGCAUUAAAUUCCUGGUCGAUGGCUUCACCAAAAACUUGUACAACAACGUCUGUCGCUCCAUCUUCGAGAAGGACAAGCUGCUCUUCUCGUUUAUAUUGACAGCACGAAUUCUGCUGGGCACAGGGCAGGUGGAGAUGCGACACUUGGCACAUCUGCUGACCAAUGCCAAGGAGUCGACCAAUAUACCACCGAAUCCGGAUCCCGAGUGGAUAACUGAUAUAGUUUGGUUAAAUGUGCUGCGAUUGGAGGAGCUGAAAGAGUUGAAUGGCAUUGUCGCGUCGUUCCGUAAAAAUCUGCCAGCUUGGCAAGCGAUCUAUGACCAUGUGUCGCCCGAGCUGCAGCCGUUGCCCCAACCCUGGCAGGAUAAGACCACGGCCUUUGAGAAGAUCAUUAUACUCAAAGCACUUCGCCCGGAUUCCGUUUUCCUAGCUGUUCGACUUUUCAUAGCGAAUACAAUUGGGGAACAAUAUGUCACGCCGCCUGAAUUUGACAUUUCCAAGUCGUAUGCGGACUCGACGGCCCUAACUCCGUUAGUCUUCAUCUUGUCCCCAGGCGCCGAUCCCCUGGGCUCUCUGCUGGCCUUCGCUGAGAAAAUGGGCCAGGAGGAGACUUUCCAAAGCAUUUCGCUGGGCCAGGGUCAGGGACCCAUUGCCACGGCUUUGAUUAAGAAUGCCCAGGAUAUGGGCUACUGGGUCUGCUUGCAGAACUGUCAUUUGGCUGCGUCAUGGAUGCCCACACUAGAGUUCCUGUGGGAGAACAUGGAUACAUUUAAUACGCAAGCAAACUUUCGUAUUUGGUUGACUGCCUAUCCGACGCCGCAGUUUCCCGUAACGAUCCUCCAGAAUGGCGUUAAGAUGACUAAUGAACCGCCAACGGGUUUGAAAGAGAAUCUCACCCGGUCGUACAACUCGGAGCCCAUUAACGAUCCAGAGUUCUAUACGGGCUGUGCUAAGCAGGAUCGAGCUUUCACGCGUCUGCUAUUUGGAAUUUGCUUCUUCCAUGCGGUCGUGCAGGAGCGUCGUAAAUAUGGUCCCUUAGGCUGGAAUAUACCCUACGGAUUCAAUGAGUCCGAUUUGCAAAUCUCUGUGCUGCAGCUCAGUAUGCUACUCAACCAGUACGAGCACGUUCCGUACGAUGCCAUCUCCUAUCUGACCAGCGAGUGCAACUAUGGCGGACGCGUGACAGAUAACUGGGACAGACGUUGUAUUGUUACAAUACUCGCGGACUUCUGUAAUGCCAAUGUGGUCAAUGAUAAUAAGUUCCGCUUUGCUGCGGAUGAUCGGUAUAUAUUGCCACGAAAAACGGAGCAUCGGGAGAUAUUGCGUUAUCUAGAUGAAGCUGUGCCUUCAUUGGCGCCACCGGAAGUAUACGGUUUGCACGCAAACUCGGGCAUUACGCGUGAUUUGCAGACAACCAAAACGCUGUUGGAUUCGAUGAUUCUGCUGCUGGGCAGCGAGGCAGCGGGCAGCGCUGGCGGUGGCGUUAGUGCCGAGCAAAUGAUUCUCGAUACGAUUAAGCAGAUUGAGACUGAAAUGCCUCCAGACAUGGAUAUCGAGGCAGCAGCAGAGAAAUAUCCUGUGGAUUACAAUGAGUCAAUGAAUACGGUUGUCGUUCAAGAAAUGGAACGUUUCCUAAAGCUGCAGAAGGAGAUUCGCGCCUCCUGUCGCGAUUUGGCCAUGGCCAUUAAAGGUAUCAUUGUGAUGACGCCCGAUUUGGAAAACGUAAUGAUUGCCAUGAAAUACAAUCGCAUACCCACCAAGUGGAUGGGUAAAUCCUAUCCAUGCCUCAAGCCGCUCGGCUCCUAUGUGCAGGAUCUGUACAAGCGUCUCAAUUGGUUACAUCAGUGGCAUCGUGUGGGCAAACCGCCAACCUUCUGGCUAUCCGGAUUCUUCUUCACCCAGGCCUUCCUAACGGGCGCAAUGCAAAACUUUGCACGAAAAUAUAAAAUACCCAUUGAUACGCUGACCUUUGAUUAUGAUGUGCUAAAAGUAGAAUCGAAAAGCACGCCACCAGAAGAUGGUAUCUAUUGCAAUGGAUUGUUCUUGGAGGGCGCUCGUUGGCACUGGGAGCAGAAUUCGUUGGCCGAGCAGCUGCCUAAGAUUUUGAUGUAUGUAAUGCCGGCGAUAUAUUUCCGACCUCUAACCCUUUUGGAAGUUACCGAGGGUUCGCGCUAUCGCUGUCCGUUAUACAAAACGGCCGAGCGCAGAGGCACACUCUCCACCACAGGACAUUCCACAAACUAUGUGGUUCCUCUGCUGCUCAAUACUCAAGUUAAAGCCUCCCACUGGGUGAAGCGAAGCGUCGCUUUAAUUUGCCAAACCAACGACUGAAAAUGCGAAAUGACUUCAAAUAACAUUGCAGUCGUACACAGUUUAAAGAGAGAAAUCAGAAGACUCGAACUACAGUUAAACAGGACAUCAAU